ACUCUCAAAAACUCUUCUUGAUUUUUCAUAUUAUUUUAGUUUAGUGUAAAAGGUGAUCGAAAGCAGUACGAAAAAGAUCAAAAAUAAAAGAACAAAAAAAAUUAUUGUUUAAAUUUUUGAUGUGUGAAAAAUCGCGAGUUAAAAUUUAAAAAAAAACAUGAAAUUUCUAAAAUUUCACAUUUUACCAGUUUUUAUACUGCUUUUUACAUUAGUUAAUUGCCAAAAUGUUCCCGGUGGCAGUAAAAUGGUUUGCUAUUACAAUUCAACUAGUUUUAUACGAGAAGGUUUAGGAAAAUUAAUCAUUAAUGAUCUUGAACCAGCUUUACAAUUUUGUACCCAUUUAGUAUAUGGAUGGGUUGGAAUUAAUGCUGAAACAAAUAAAUUAGAAUCAUUAAAUCCUAAUUUAGAUUUAGAUCAAGGUAAAGGACAUUUUCGUGUUAUAACGUCAUUGAAACGUAAAUAUCCAGCUGUUAAAUUUUUAUUGAGUGUCGGCGGUUUUCAGGAUCCUACUGAAGAAGAUACAAACAAAUAUUUAACAUUAUUAGAGAGUAGUGCUGCUAGAAUAUCAUUUAUAAAUAGCGCACACACAUUGGUAAAAACAUAUGAUUUUGAUGGUUUAGAUUUAUCAUGGCAAUUUCCACCAAAUAAACCAAAAAAAAAGCACUCAUCAAUUGGUAAACUAUGGAAAGGUUUUAAGAAAAUUUUUACUGGUGAUGCAAUAUUAGAUGAAAAAGCUGAAGAACAUAAAGAAGAAUUCGUUGCAUUAGUAAGAGAAUUAAAAAAUGCAUUCCGUCAUGAAGGUUACAUUUUAUCGUUAACUGUUUUACCAAAUGUUAAUUCAUCGUUAUUUUAUGAUGUACCAGCUCUGAUAAAUAAUAUUGAUUUUGUAAAUUUAGCUGCAUUUGAUUUUCAUACACCAUUACGUUAUCCAAAGGAAGCUGAUUAUCCAGCACCAUUAUAUGAAUUAAAUGAUCGUCAUCCAGAACAUAAUGUUAAUUUUCAAGUACAAUAUUGGUUAGGUUUACAUUGUCCUGCAACUAAAAUAAACGUUGGUGUACCAACAUAUGGACGUGUCUGGCAAAUGACAAGUGAUUCUGGUUUAACUGGUCAUCCACCGGUAGCAGAUACAGAACAUGAGGCACCACCUGGUUUACAGUCACAUACGUCUGGUUUAUAUAGUUGGCCAGAAGUAUGCUCAAAAUUACCAAAUCCAUCUAAUGCACAUUUAAAAGGUGAAGAUGCACCAGUACGUAAAGUUGGUGAUCCAACAAAACGUUUUGGUAGCUAUGCAUAUCGUGUAGCUGAUGAUGAUGGUAAAUAUGGUUUAUGGAUUGGUUAUGAAGACCCAGAUACAGCUGGCAAUAAAGCUGGUUAUGUACGUGCAAAAGGUUUAGGUGGUUUAGCAUUAUUCGAUUUAUCAUAUGAUGAUUUUCGUGGAAGUUGUAGUGGUGACAAAUUUCCAAUAUUGAGAGCAGCAAAAUUUAGAUUGUAAAAAACAAAAUAUAGAUGAUAGAAGUAAUUCGAUAUUUUCAGAAAAAAAAAUUAAAUAAAAAACUUUUUUUUUCUUUAUAUUGAAAUUUUAAUGAAAAGUUAAAUGUUAUUUCGUAAAAAAAAAUAAAGUAUUCGAAAAAUAUUUUUUAAUUCA